AUGUCUAUGUCCUUCGGUACUCUUGGUCAUCGCCUACCAUCUCAGAAAAACAACAAGACAACAUUGACAAUGUUUGGCGAGAAGACCAUUACAACAAAAUCCACGUCAUCAACGCCUGCCUCAACACCAUCAAAGCCCUCGUCACCACAAACCAUGACACCCAGACACGCCGAGCUCGAAUCCUCAUAUCCAGCCGCCUUCUUCGGCAAAAAGUCUUCAACAAUCAAGUUUCCCAUGGUGUCAGAAAAAGAACGCAGGGAUUCUGUAUCCAGCACAGCAACAACAGCAACUUCCUCUUCUGUGCUCAGCUCAGCAACAACAAUCGCUGCACCCUCGCAACCACCAGAAAAGCCUUUCGAUGUGUUUGAAUACCAAACGGCUGGAUAUCUCUCCAUGCCCAUGAGCCAUUCAUCCCAACCCUACCUUCAGGAGGCACCUUCAGGGCGGAAGAGUUCUGCAUCUUCGUCUUCUUCGGCUGGAUCGUCGUUGUGGAGUAAAGCCAAGAACAAGAUGCAGAGAAGAAGUCCUAGUGUAGAGGAACAAGAGGCAAAGGAGAAGAAGAAACAGGAGAGGAAGGAGGAGUACGAGGCUUUGGGAUUGGAAGAGAAGGUCAAGUUUGGGAGUAAAGGAGGAAUGAGUAUGGUUGGUUGA